CUAUUGGCAAGUCACUUACAGACGAGUGUUCACAUGUAUGUAACAUUUUGGCACGGUGCUUGUAGAGAGCGGGUUCCGGCUUUCGUUCACAGAGACCGACGCCAAUUGGUCCAUAAAUCUCAGCAUCGGAAGCAAAAUCUUUCCAAUUUCACUCACUUUCACUCCCAGAAAUGGAGGUCCCCAAGGAUCAAAUCGCCACUCUCAUGGAGCACGGUCUCUACAACUCAGCUCAGAUGCUCGGUUGUUUUCUUGUUUCGUCACCGGCCGCCAAUGCCGAAAUCAAUCCGCACCUUAAAGCUGAAAGCUUGGUGCUUCUUGGCGAUUCGUUGUAUCGCGAAAGAGAGUUUCGCAGAGCAAUUCAUAUGUACAAGCAAGCAUUGCAGCUUUGCAAGAUGAUUUCCAAGACAAAUGCACCAUCUACUAGAAGCUCAUUGUCAUCAACUAGGUCGUCUUCUCCAAAUUUGUUUAACAUUUCAGGAAUUAAUGAGAAUGAGGUGAAGUUCAAAAUCGCAUCCAGUUACUUUGCGCUCGGUGAGAAUGGAACAGCCCUUUCUGAGAUGGACAACAUUCCAAGCAAAUCCAGAAACUUGCCAAUGAAUCUGUUGAUGGGAAAGCUUUAUCGGUUUUCUAGACAGAAUCGUUCUGCCGUUUCUUGUUUCAAAGAAUGUCUAAGGCAUUGCCCUUAUGUCAUGGAGGCUAUUGUUGCUUUAGCAGAAUUAGGAGUUGCUGCCAAAGACAUUAUUUCCUUGAUUCCUCAGACUCCAAACAGAAGCGGGAGGGCUCCAUUUGAUCAUUUUGACUCAAGUCGUUGGCUGCAUCGCUACGUUGAGGCUCAGUGUUGCGUUGCUUUAAAUGAUUAUAGAGGUGGUCUGGAACUCUUUACGGAUCUUGUACAACGUUUUCCUAAUAAUUUACACCUGUUACUUGAAGUUGCAAAGGUUGAAGCUAUUAUUGGGAAAAACGAUGAGGCUAUAUUGAAUUUUGAAAAGGCUCGAUCAAUUGAUCCAUAUGUUGUAACCUAUAUGGAUGAGUACGCAAUGCUUCUAAAGACAAAGUCUGAUUUUUCUAAGCUCAAUAAAUUAGUGCAUGAUUUGCUGAUUGCUGAUUCUACAAGGCCAGAAGUAUUUGUAGCCUUAUCUGUUCUUUGGGAAAGGAAAGAUGAGAGAGGAUCUUUAUCCUAUGUUGAGAAGAGUAUACGAAUCGAUGAGAGGCACAUACCAGGUUAUAUAAUGAAGGGUAACCUGUUGUUAUCAAUGAAGCGAGCAGAAGCAGCUGUAGUUGCCUUCAGGGCAGCUCAAGAGUUGAGACCUGAUAUUCGUUCAUAUCAAGGAUUGGUUCAUUCAUAUUUAGCUCUCUCUAAAAUCAAAGAGGCUUUAUAUGCUUCCAGGGAGGCUAUGAAGGCUAUGCCUCAAUCUGCGAAGGCUCUAAAAUUAGUAGGGGAUGUACAUGCGAGUAACCCCGGUGGUAGGGAGAAGGCAAAAAAGUUCUAUGAGUCAGCCCUUAGGCUGGAACCUGGUUACCUUGGAGCUGCAUUAGCUCUAGCUGAGCUCCAUGUUAAUGAAGGCCGCAAUGGGGAUGCUGUGUCACUGCUAGAGCGAUAUCUGAAGGACUGGGCAGAUGACUCGCUGCAUGUAAAACUUGCUCAAGUAUUUGCUGCAACAAAUAUGCUCCAAGAGUCAUUGUCGCAUUAUCAAGCUGCGUUGAGGAUAAACCAACAGAAUGAAGCUGCGAAAAAAGGUUUGGAGCGCUUAGAGAAACAGAUGAAGGGGGUGGAUCCAGAUGCACCUGAAGAAGAUGAUGAAGAAAAUGAGGUCGAUGAUGCUGAUGGAGACCAAGAAGAGACCGAGCUUCUUUAAAUUAUGCUAACCAUGAGUAUUUGUAAAGCUUCCGUGACGAGACUCUAGUUGCAAAGAAUGCCAUCGUUGGAAGUAGAGUGGGGGAUUUUCCAUGCCACAACAGGCCACCAACGGAGUUUUUGUAUUGAUAUGGAAGGCGUAAGGUCUCGCAGAAUAGAUUGGGAGCAGGAGAGAAUAUUUACCAGUUGUUGCGUAGUUACGAUCUUUGCGACCAAGGCAAUCCUCCUAAUGGUGGUAACCCUGUAAUCUCCAAUUCUUCGUUGUGUCAUGCAGUGUAUUUCAUUGGGAUCUUUCUCAUGUUUCAAUACAAGUUGUAUAAAGUGUUCGUAAUCUCGCCCCGUUGCAAUAACUGGAUUUAGAUGUUCUUUCGAACCUUUGUGCACACAGACGCCCUGGUUCAGUGUCGUCUGUAUGGACAAAUUUACCUGUAACGGCUUUCUUAUCGUUGUUCCGGUGUUA